UUCAAUGCUGGUGGUACGUAGACGUAUGCUCGUUGUAUCUUAAACCGGCGCGAGAUGAAAGACUAGAGCUCGUGUUCGAGAGGAAGAAGUCUGGUGGACCACUUUCGCAAGAAACUGUUCGUUCUCCAGCUACCUUGUGGGGAAAUAUACAGCACUUUAAGAGAACGUCCAGGUAAAAACAAUCAUCUCCAAAAUGGCGAUGACCACGAAGCAACACAGCCGAAAUGCGGCACUGAGGCAAGAGGUAACGCUAUCUGCGGAGGAGGAAAAAAGGGCCAAGGAACUGUACUUUGUUUUCAUGUUGAUCGCAGUCCGUCAUGUGCUUGAUGUUUGUGUUUACCCUUCGAACGUAAUGAAUACGAGCACUGGGAUAUUGUUAUCCCCCCAUUGUUCCAAUGGAUUUGGUAUUAUCCGAAAUGAAAUACUCACUAGAUUCGGCGUGUACGACUACGAUAAAUCAGACAGCGUAUCACCUGCAAGUGAGCGUCAGGGAAUCGGAAGAACUUUUCCUUUAAAAAUUUGUCCUCUUGCUACUUGUUUUACUAUGCAUGGGCAUGGGAAAUGAGUUCGUGCCAUGGACUCAUUUUCUUUGUUUAAGCUAAGCUUUGUGUGCGUAUUCUGUUCUUCCCAUGGAACGGUGACGCCUAUUUGCAUUGCAUACACUAUCUCACCGGAUGAGAUGCGCGAUCUUCUCACCGAGUUGGGCUUCAACAUCGCAGACGAGUCCAUCACACUCGUAAUAUCACAAUACGGUACAUCUUUUGUUGGACAUUUCAGCUGAGGACUUUUUUGCUUUUCAAGAACUCGGAACAAAUACCAGUAUUGCAGCGCAAUUUCACCAGCCAAGUGUGGACAUCAGAGUAGAAACUCAGUUUUCUAGAACGAUGUUGAUGCUAGUGCUGUUUUGUCUAUAGCGAUGUCAAAGAUCUUGAUCUUCACUGACCGACAACAGCUGCGGAUCCUAACAAAGUGACUUUUGCGGAGUUCAAGGGAAUAUACGUGGAAUUCCUCGCCCAAAUGCCGUCCGCGCUGAGGAAAAAGAACAUGGCCGGAGCCUGCCGACCAUGCGUAAAAAUACAAUUAAUUGGCUACCACGCUUUUUGUUUGCGAACGUUCUUGUAUGGAUCAACGCCAGGCUUUUACCGGUCGUGAAACUAGCGAUUUUUUUUUGCCAUGAUUCGGAGGGUUUGAUGGCAUCUCAUCUGUUUUUGAAAAAUCUAUCAGCAUCAAGACGUAUACUUCACGGAAGCGAGUUACCGAUCCGCGUUAUCAAAUUGAUGCAAAUGUGUCAAUAUCUACUUGGCUAGGGUAAAAAAAAAACCUCACUUAGUGGCUGCAGAAUCAAAAACAGGCCGUGAAGCAGCUGCACCCAUGCUAAGGCGCUGCAUUGUGACAUCAUUGCAUAUUUAUGUAAUUUAUUAGUAUCUUCUGCAUGUAGUUAGAUGCUUCCCUAAAAAGAGCAGAAGAUCUUCGAAGUAGUAGUGGUGCAACUUGUUCGGUGGAGAGCACGAGUAUCUUGCAUUUUUCCCGAGGCAUCAAGUCAGAAACGACACUUGCAGAACAAGUCCAUAACUCUUCAAGGCGUACGACUUCGAUGCAAGCGGCACGCUGGAACGAUCGGAACUGAGUGCGUUGCUGUUCGAUCUCGGUAUUGAUUGACGUUUAUCCCAUCAGUUUUGAUGCAGCAUAUCGUAAUGUUUUUGUUUAUGUUUUUGAAUACUAUCCAGAGAACCGAAGCGUGACUACCUAAAUCGCAAAAGGUGUACACAUCCACUUUUUCCGAAUUAUAUACCAGGUAUGCCAGACGUUUACGGAGACAAUUACAGCACGCUAAUGGACGAGGCUUUCUCUGUGGUGGACUGGGAUCACUCAGAAUCGCUGGACUUCCAAUAUAACCCGCUCAGGUGUUACAAUCUCAAACGUUACAAUAGAACAUAGAAAUCUGUGAUGCAAGAGUGCAUGAUCUAGCCAACUCUCAUAGGAUUGUGCAUGACAAGUUCCGGAGCCCCAAACAUCACUACAAUCUGGCGAAAUUUGUAUUGCAAAAGGUGGAACGCUGUGCGAGCCUGUCAAGCUCAUCAUGCAACACAAAGUCCAAAUUCUAUUGUAACGUUUGAGAUUGUAACGCUUGAGCAAGUCAUAUCCAAGAGUUCUGCCAGUUUAUCAACGAAGUGAUCCGGUAUGUAGAGGACUUGCGAGAGUCACAAACUGUAUCCAAGAAAAAAACACCAUCACAAUCACUAUUGCACAUUUUUGCAAUACAAAAAUUUUUGUCAUGCGCAAAAAUGCAUCACAGUCAAGAGUUAUUGGCGAUUUCCCUUUGUGUUUUUGCAAUACAAGAAAAAUUUGGGAUGCGAGAGAAAUUUCUGAUGCAAAACCUCCUACAUGUGAUUGUGAUGGUGUUUUUUUCUUGGAUAAACUGUGCAGAAGGUGUACUAAACUGAAAAAUAAAAAGCGAAAUAGUUGAACUUCCACCUAUUUCCGCAGCAUAGCUGGCACCAGCGUAGCUGCUCCGUUCUCGAUUUUUGGAAGAGGAAAAUCAAUAGCGUAGCAGGAAACUCUACUACCGCUUUCAUUUCUGUGACCAGGUCAGAAGUAGUAGCGUUCGAGGUUGGAGAACAAAACUCGGCGAUAUGAGUUACAGGAGCAAAUGAAAUUCGAGAGACUUCUGCGAAAAUGAAGUUUUUCGGACUUCUUCCAAAUCUUCCAAAUUAGUGAACUAACUUUUAUUUUGCAAUAACACAGAAGCAGAA